AUGUCAGAUUCUAACAGAACCGACUUCACCAACCCCUCCACCUUCAUCCUACUUGGCAUUCCUGGCCUGGAGGCAGCCCAUGUCUGGAUCUCCAUUCCUCUCUGUGCUAUGUACGCCAUAGCCGUGUUGGGGAACUUCACCAUCCUGUUCAUCGUGAAGAAGGAGCCGAGCCUCCAUGAGCCCAUGUACUAUUUCCUCUGCAUGCUGGCUGUCAGCGACCUUGUCAUGUCCACAUCCACCGUACCCAAAAUGCUGAGCAUCUUCUGGUUCAAUUCCAGGGAGACCAGUUUCAGUGCCUGCCUCACCCAGAUGUACUUCAUUCACUCCUUCUCAAAGAUGGAGUCUGGAAUCCUUGUGGCCAUGGCUUUUGAUCGCUAUGUGGCCAUCUGCAAUCCUCUGAGAUAUUCCAUGAUCCUGAAAAACUCUGUUGUGGCCAAGAUAGGCCUGGCUGUGGUGCUGCGUAGUGGAAUAAUCACAUUACCCUAUCCCUUCCUGGCCAGGCAGUGGCCAUAUUGCAGAACCAACAUCAUCCCCCACUUCCAAUGUGGGCAUAUAGUCGUGGUGAAACUGGCCUGCGCUGACAUUAGCAUCAGUAGUUACUAUGGGUUGUUUAAUCUUAUCUCGGUGAGUGGAAUGGAUGCGGUUUUAAUCGCCCUGUCGUACACUCUGAUCCUCCGGGCCAUCUUCCGCCUCCCCACAAAGGAUGCCCGGCUCAAAAGUUUUCGUACCUGCAUCUCUCAUCUUUGUGCCAUCUCAGCUUUGUACAUCCCAGAUUUAGUCUCCUCUCUCAUUCAGCGGUUUGGCCAGAAUGUGCCACUUCAUUUCCACAUUCUUAUUACCAGUGUGUACCAGCUGGUGCCCCCCGUGCUGCACCCCAUCAUUUACGGGGUGAGGACCAAGCAGAUCCGGGGCAGGCUGAUCCAGCUCUUUUCUCAUAAGGACACCUAA